UGUUAAAAAGGUCGAUCUAUUGUGCUUAAAAAUGAGUUCUUUUCUGAUGGGCUAUCCGCAUCAUCACAUUCAAUCCAUGGGAAUUAACAUAGAGCCCAAAUUUCCUCCCAGCGAGGACUACACAAGCUUCCAUAACGGAUAUGGUGCAGUCAAUAGUAUAACGCAAUCUGCAAAUCAGGAUUACUUACACCAUGUCCAGUCCGAUUCACUACACCUUUCUGGUGCUGCUGGUAUUGGUGCUGUGUCUGGAAACGUGCCAACCGGCGGAAAUGGCAACGUUCCCGGCAGCGCGAGUAACGGAGGAGGAGCCUCUUCGGGAUAUAACGAUUACUCAUCCACGAUGGUGGGCCAUUAUUAUCACCACCCGCAUCAUCAUCAUCAUCACCAUCAUCACCCUCAUGCUCAUCACACACAUAAUGGUUAUGUGUCACCGGUGCAGAUGCAGCCAACACCAACCACACCUAUCGCACCAUCCGUCGCUGCUCUUCCACCUAGUGUUCCAACUACGGCAUCGAACAGCUCCGUUCCCAGUCACAAUUCGUUCCCGACAAAUGUUACUUCCGGAUACUACAAUGGAUACUACGCACCCGCUAAUCAAGGUCAUCCAUCUAUGAUGGACACACCGUUGCAAUGUGUUGGUGCCGAAGUGAGUAACACAGCUUUGGGACUUCAAGAACUUGGAAUGAAAUUGGAUAGGCGAAUAGAAGAAGCGGCUCCUACAGGGCAGCAGCUGCAAGAACUUGGCAUGAGAUUACGUUGCGAUGACGCUAGCUCCGAUCAGGACGAGUUUUUGGAUGAGGAACGAUUAAUGCUCGAUCGAUCGCCAGACGAGCUGGACUCCAACGAUGGCGAUUUGGAUGACCUGGACUCCGAUAACGAUCUGGGAGACGAAUUAAUGCACGCAACCAGUGAUGGUGAGCGUAUCAUUUAUCCUUGGAUGAAGAAAAUACACGUCGCCGGCGUCGCUAAUGGGUCAUUUCAACCGGGCAUGGAACCUAAGCGACAACGUACCGCCUAUACCCGCCAUCAAAUACUAGAGCUGGAGAAAGAGUUUCAUUACAAUCGCUACCUUACACGACGCCGACGGAUAGAGAUAGCUCAUACGUUGGUACUUUCAGAGCGACAGAUCAAAAUCUGGUUCCAAAACAGACGCAUGAAAUGGAAAAAAGACAAUAAACUACCGAAUACUAAGAAUGUGCGGAAGAAAACCGGUGACCAAAGCAAAUCUAAUGCGACCAGCACUACCGGUUUGUCUGGUAAUGCAAACAACCAAAAAAAGGGUCGAAAAGCGAACGGGUCAGCAUUAAGCGCCAAAUCCAAACAUCAACAACAAAAUCACCAAAGCGAAUGCCUUCGGACGGAUAGUCUAGAAAGUAUGACGGAUAUCCAUGGUACAAUGACGAGUGGCAACACCGGAUCAUCGCAGUACAACACAUCUGCUGAUGUCAACGGUAUACUACCACUAACAAACGGAACAAGUGGGACCAACGGCUCUGGUAACACCAUUCACAAUGACCAUCUUUCACAGCAUCCACAACUUCAGCAGCAUCAACAGCUUCAACAUCAACAACAUCACACUCAAUUGAACAACCAAUCGUCAAACAACAACAACAAUAACAACAACAACAACAACAGCAACGCUACUAGCAAUAUGAACAGCGUCCAACAACAUUCUGUCGCCAUAAAAAAUGACUACGAUCUUACUGCGUUGUAG